GCGUGCAAAAAGGGCGAGUUAGGGUGACUGUGGAAAACGCCAGUGACAGACAGUGACCAAGUGAUAGAGGAGAGACGUCACGAGAGACGUCCGUUGUCGUCGUCGUUGUCGUGCCGCGUGGUCUGCUUCGCAGACGAGAAGGGAACGAUGAAGUUCCAGUACAAGGAGGAGCACCCGUUUGAGAAGAGGAAGGCCGAGGGCGAAAAGAUCCGACGAAAAUAUCCCGAUCGAGUGCCCGUAAUAGUUGAGAAGGCCCCAAAAGCGAAAAUCAGUGAUCUGGACAAGCAAAAAUAUUUGGUACCCUCUGAUUUAACUGUUGGACAAUUUUACUUUUUAAUUCGUAAAAGGAUUCACUUACGUCCCGAGGAUGCCCUAUUCUUCUUUGUCAACAACAUUAUUCCUCCAACAAGCGCCACCAUGGGUUCUCUUUAUGCGGAACAUCAUGAAGAGGAUUUCUUCUUAUACAUAGCAUAUAGCGAUGAAAACGUAUACGGUCAUCACUAAACCCUGCAGGAUGAGCAAAUUGCCAAACUAGCGCACGGAAUUCAACAAACAAAAAUCUAUCAUCUACUAACGUAGUCCUCAUAGACGCUUUCGAAAAAAAACCGAGCAUACAAAAUUAUAUCUAUCAAUAUACUUUGUGUGAAAUUUUAUGUCUUAAUGCUAUACACUCUUGCUUCCGAAAGUAACCCACACAACUAUAUCUUUGAUAAAGGAUGAUAAAAAAGUGUUUGUGUCGAUUCCAUUUUUUUCUUCGCCACCUAAAAGGGGUUAAGUUCACUUGUAUGACGUAAGAACAACUCAUUUGCAAAUAUGUGAUCAUGUAAUGUCUAGCUUGGCCACUAAAACAAAAAAACCAAAAAAAAAACCUUUGCAUUGUCAAACAUCAUCGCUAAUAUUCUCAUAUAUUAUGUUCCAUUGCACAUUUUAUAAUCAUGAUAUUUUUCUCGAGACUAGUGCAGCAUUAUAAAUUCGAAGUAUACAUAGCAUAGAUAAUGAAAUUAUAUAAUUUUCAAUAAUCUAGAUUAAUGUUAUGUACUAUACAUUAUUUUGACAUGAUUUCAUUAAUGAACAAAGAGAAAUUUUUUAAAAUGAAAUUGAAAAAAUUUUCUGUAAUAUCUUGAACAGGCCAAUAAAAAAAGUUAAAAACAUAA